GAUACACAGCCACCACAGCAAAAGCAGAGCGCAUCGACUGUUGUGCACUUCUUCACCGCGCAACGAUUCGGAGUUAAACUCUAAUUUAUAUCGUUGUUAUAUUGCUAUACUUCCGAUGGUAGCCUACUUUGUAACAACACAGUAAAGUUAUAAUCUCGGCUGUUCUUUUCUUGAACAUUUCUAUUAGUUUUGUCCGUUGUAGCCUAGUCGCCUAUUUAUCUAACGAACCGCAGAGUAGAGCGCCGGCAGGUGAAGAUGGCGAGGGGACUGGUGUUGGGGACUGUAUCCCCGGCGGCUGGCGGCCCUACACAACUUGCGUUGCUGCUGUUAUACCCCCUAAUCUGCGGCCUCUCGGCGCAGGGCCAGGAACUGCCCACCAACGGGGUGAAUGGCUACAGCCUGCACCCACCUUAUUUUAACCUGGCAGAAGGGACCAAAAUCACAGCGACAGCGACCUGUGGAGAGGGGGACAAUGGAAGGUCGAUACACGAUUUGUAUUGCAAGCUGGUCGGGGGGCCAGUGUCAGGGGACCCGAGUCACCAGAGCCAAACCAUCCAGGGUCAGUACUGUGAUACGUGCGCCAUAGGGGACAGUGACAGAGCCCAUCCCAUCUCCAAUGCCAUCGACGGGACAGAGCGGUGGUGGCAGAGCCCUCCUCUCUCCCGCAGUACAGAGUUCAACCAGGUCAACGUUACCCUGGACCUGGGACAGCUCUUCCACGUGGCCUAUGUCCUCAUCAAGUUUGCCAACUCUCCUCGACCAGACCUGUGGGUGCUAGAACGUUCCACUGACUUCGGAGAGACCUACCAGCCGUGGCAGUUCUUCGCCUCUUCUAAGAGAGACUGCAUUGAGCGCUUCGGACAGCGAACCAUCGAACGGAUCAACUCCGACAACGACGUCAUCUGUACCACUGAAUACUCCCGCAUCGUACCCCUGGAGAAUGGAGAGGUGGUGGUGUCUCUAGUGAACGGGCGUCCCGGGGCUAUGAACUUCUCCUACUCUCCAGUCCUGAGGGAUUUCACCAAGGCCACCAACAUCCGCCUCCGUUUCCUCAGAACCAACACCCUCCUGGGACACCUGAUGGGCAAGGCCCUCCGCGACCCCACCGUCACACGCAGGUAUUACUACAGUAUCAAGGACAUCAGUAUCGGAGGACGCUGUGUGUGUAACGGACACGCUGAGGCCUGCGACCCACACGACCCCAACGACCCCUACAAGCUUCAGUGUGACUGCCAACACAACACUUGUGGAACGUCAUGUGACCAGUGUUGCCCCGGAUACAACCAGAUUCCAUGGAAACCAGCGACCACUUACCAGGCUAACGAGUGUGAACCUUGUAACUGUAACCAACACUCCUUUGGCUGUUACUACGACCCCGAGGUUGACCAGAGGAGAGCUAGCAUCAACGUCCAGGGACAGUACAGGGGGGGCGGAGUCUGCAUGGAGUGUCAGCAUCACACCGCUGGUGUCAACUGUGAGCGCUGUGUCCUCACCUACUACAGAUCACCUGACCAUCCUCUGGACUCCCCAUUGGCUUGCUCCCCCUGUGUGUGCCAGUCAGAGUUCACAGAUGGUACCUGUGAGGAUCUGACGGGUCGUUGUUACUGUAAACCCAACUACACCGGAGAGAACUGUGACUCCUGUGCUGAGGGAUACAUUAACUUCCCAGACUGCUACCCAAACGACCUCAACAACAACACCGACAGAGAGGUCAAACCUGCCGGAGAAAUCAUCAACUGUGAGUGCAGUGCUGCGGGUACGGAGGGAAACUCCUGCCGUCCUGAUCCGCGUACCCGUACCUGUAUCUGCAAACCCGGUUUCACUGGGGACCACUGUGACAGCUGUGCACCAGGGCACUACGGACUCAACUGCCAGACCUGUCAGUGCUUUGGUCCGGGAUGUCAUGAUGGUAGGUGUGACCUCCUGACGGGGCAGUGCCUGUGUCGCCAAGGCUUUCAGGGUUAUUCAUGUGACCAGUGUACCCCAGGCUACUUCAACUAUCCCCUUUGCCAACUGUGUGGCUGUAGCAGCGUGGGUUCCCUCCCAGGGGGUUGUGAUGUCUCUGGACAGUGUGUGUGUCGUCCAGAGUUCCAGGGACCGCGAUGUGAGCAGUGUAGAUCAGGCUUCCACUCCUACCCCAACUGCCAAGAGUGCACCUGUGAUCCUCGCACCUCCCUGGGCUCCAGCUGCAGUGUGUCGGGCCACUGCCACUGCAGACCCAACUACAGCGGCACCGCCUGUGAGCAGUGUGCUCCUGGUUUCUACGGCUUCCCCAGCUGCACGCCUUGUCAGUGUUCAGCUGAGGGCUCCAGGUUCAGUAGCUGUGACCAGGUGAGUGGUCAGUGUACCUGUCUACCCAACGUCGUGGGACAGAGGUGUGACACCUGCAGCUCUGGAACCUACAGAUUCCCUCUCUGCCAAGCCGGCACAUGCAACCCAGCCGGCUCUGUGCAGAACGAGGUCCUGCCAACUGUUGGUUCCUGUGAGUGUCGUCCUUACGUGGAGGGAGUGGCCUGUGACAGGUGUAAACCUCUGUUCUGGAACCUGUCACCUGACACCGUCUACAGAUGUUCCAACUGUGAAUGCAAUGUUGAAGGGACUGUGGCCGGUGUGGCAGAGUGUGCUCAGAACAACGGCCAAUGUCACUGUAAACCCAACGUGUGCAGUGGCACCUGCUCUGUGUGUAAAGACGGAUACUUCAACCUGCAGAGUGGCAGCUUCUUCGGCUGUCAAGGCUGUCAGUGUGACAUUGGAGGAUCAGUGGGUCAGUCCUGUGGGGAGAGGACCGGGAGAUGUCGUUGCAGACCCAACGUGGAGGGAUCCAAGUGUAACAUGCCUCGUCCAGACCACUACUUUCCAGACCUGCACCACCUGAAGUUUGAGAUAGAGGAGGGUACCAUGCUGGACGGGCGGCCGGUGCGCUUCGGCUACAACCCCUUGGAGUUUGAAGGGUUCAGCUGGAGAGGGUACGCUCAGAUGUCCUCCAUUCAGUCCAAGGUGGUGGUUCAAGUCUCGGUCAGCUCUCCGGACCUGUUUCAAAUAGUCUUGCGCUACGUGAAUCGAGGUGGCCUGGACAUGAGGGGCAGGGUGUCCGUCCUGGAAGACGGGAAGAACUUCAUGUGCGGUAACUGUAAGUGUAAGACUCUUUUCCUGUGUCGGGUGGUGACCAUCGAUGAGAUGAACCGUGUGGCUGUCUUCACCCUGUCCACUGAUGCUGAGGUCCAACUGAUUGCUGACAGAGCCAGUUUCUUCCUGCACAAAGUGUACCUGGUUCCCCGGGAACAGUUUAUCAUGGACUACCUGGAGACUAAAGUCCACUGCAUCAGCACACAUGGACUGUUCUCACCUGACAGCUCGUCCUGUAUCCCGUCUAGGUUCCAGACCCCCUCUGAUUCGCUGUUGUUGAAGGAAGGUCAAGGGUCAUCUGUCCAGGAGCCUGUCCUGGCCUCCCCUGCUGACCCCCCUGUGGGUCCAGCCGACACCAUUCCCUGGGCCAGCGGAGACCGUCCUCCCACCACAGCGGAUAACGUGGACCAUGUCCGCCUUGAUUCUGCUCAGAAUGCAGCAGUGUACUCUGGUCGUGUCCAAACUCUGGGUCGUUACGUGUUCAUCCUCCACUACCACCAGCCCCUCCACCCCACCUACCCUGUCCAGGUCUUCAUCAACGGUGGACGCAUCUGGCAAGGCCAUGCCAACGCCUCCUUCUGUCCCCAUGGUUACGGUUGCCGUAGCGUUCUGAUCUCGGAGAACCAGAUCAUUCUGGACGUGACGGACAACGAGAUCUUCCUGACCGUCCAGGUCCCUGACGGAAAAACACUCUGGCUGGACUAUGUUCUGGUGGUACCAGAGAGCAGCUACAGUUCCAGUUACCUGUCUGAACAACCUCUGGACAAAUCAUAUGACUUCAUCAGCAACUGUGGACAGAACAGCUUCUACAUCAAUCCUGCCACAGCCUCUCCAUUCUGUCGUAGUUCAGCCAUAUCUCUCUCUGCAUUCUUCAACAACGGUGCCAUGCCCUGCGGGUGCCAUGAGGUGGGCGCGGACAGCGAUACCUGCCAGCCCUUCGGCGGGCAGUGCCAGUGCAGACCGAACGUCAUCGGCAGGGACUGCUCACAGUGUGCCACGGGCUACUGGGGGUUCCCCAACUGUAGACCGUGUCAGUGUGCUACACGGCUGUGUGAGCCGGUGACUGGAGACUGUAUCUGCCCACCGAGGACCCUGCUCCCAGAGUGUAUCCAGUGUGAGCCCCAGACGUUCGGCUGUCAUCCUCUGGUCGGCUGUGAGGUCUGCAACUGCUCCCGUCCUGGGGUCACCGCCCUCGACGUCAGCUGUGACACCGACAGUGGACAGUGCAGAUGCAAGAACAACAUCAUCGGUCGUCAGUGUGAUCGAUGCAGCCCUGGUUUCUACGGUUACCCCAACUGUAGACCAUGUGACUGCAACGAGGCGGGAACAGAGGAGGAGGUGUGUGACUCCUCCGUCGGGCGCUGCCUCUGCAAGGAAAAUGUCCAGGGUGGUCGUUGUGACCAGUGCAGAGUGGGAACCUUCCACCUUGACCCCACCAACCCUAAAGGCUGCACUUCCUGUUUCUGUUUCGGAGCCACCAACCGCUGUCGCAGCUCAGAGAAACGACGGACUGAGGUGAUGGACAUGAUGGACUGGGUGUUGCUCGGAGCAGACAGACAGGAAGUCCCUGUGACAGUGUAUCCUGAUCAGGACUUGGUGGAGGCGGACCUUAGUGACGUACCUGAUGUCUACCAAGACCUCUUCUGGCACGCUCCUAGAACGUACCUGGGAGACAAGGUAUCGUCGUAUGGAGGGUAUCUGCGGUAUCGUCUCCACACUCAGACUAUGAGAGGAGAUGUUCUCUCUCUACCCACUGAGGCCUCUCGACCUGACAUCAUUCUCAAGGGUAACCAGAUGACCCUGGUGUUCAUUGAGAGAGAAUAUUCUUCACCUGAACAACCACACCUGGGGAUAGUCCACAUGCUGGAGGGAAGUUUCCGCCACGCCCAGACGGGUAACAUGGUGUCUAGAGAGGAACUGAUGAUGGUUCUGGUGGGUUUAGAGUCUCUCCAGAUCAGAGCUCUCCACUCUCAGUCUGCCCACACUGUGUCGCUACGCGGGGUCGUGCUGGAGGGAGCACAGACCCUGUCCACAGGGCAACAUGCCAACAACGUAGAGAUCUGUCUCUGUCCUGCUAACUACCAGGGAGACUCCUGCCAGCAAUGUUCUCCAGGGUACUACAGAGACACUAAAGGUCUGUUUCUGGGGAAGUGUGUUCCCUGCAACUGUAAUGGCCACUCUGACCAGUGUCUGGAUGGGUCUGGAGUCUGUGAGAACUGUCAACACAACAGGGCUGGAGACCAUUGUGAAAAGUGUCAGGGUGGUUUCCUUGGUAACCACUCUCUGGAUGGACAAGCCCAGUCCUGUGACACCUGCCCCUGUCCUCUACAAGUGGCCUCCAACAAUUUUGCAGUGAGCUGUGUAGAGAAACCCAACAGGAUGCUGUGUCUCUGUAUGCCUGGCUACGCUGGGCCCCAGUGUGCAAGGUGUGCUCCCGGUUUCUACGGUAACCCCAUGGUGAUUGGCAGCACGUGCCAGCCCUGCCAUUGCCAUGACAACACGGACCCCAACAUGCUGUUCAGCGACUGUGACGGGCUGACGGGCGAGUGUCACAGCUGCAUGCACAACACCGCCGGGACGCACUGCGAGAUCUGCCCCGGUUUCCACGGUGACGCCGUCACUGCCAAGAACUGCACCAGAUGCAACUGCUCCCCAUGUGGCACGGCGUCAUGUGACCCUCACACAGGACAGUGCCAGUGUAAACCUGGUGUGACCGGUCCCCAAUGCAACUGUUGUGAGGACGGUGCGUUUGGCUAUGAGUCGUGCUCCGGGUGUCGUCGCUGUGACUGUGACGCGGCCGCGGCGCUGGUCCAACCGUGUGACCCCAGGAACGGUUCGUGUGCCUGCCAGCCAGGGGUCAAUGGACCUAAUUGUCGCCAGUGUGCCCCUGGGUACUGGGACUACAGUCCUGAGGGCUGCAAGAAGUGUGAGUGUAAGCAUGGGCGCUGUGACCCUCGGACAGGGGAGUGUCGCUGUGGAGAUGGCCUAACAGGCAAACAGUGUGACAGCUGUUCCCAUAGAUACAGUGUUCCUGUACAACACGGACAUGACAUGACCUGCCAACCUUGUGACAGCUGUGUAAUUGUCCUGUUGGAGGAUCUGGACAAAAUUAACGACAACUUUGGCUCCGUGGCUCAUCAGCUGAUCAACCUGAACGCCUCCUCUAUCACCUUGACUCAGCUAAACAACCUCAGCAGAUCCAUGGACAAUAUCUCUAAUGCCAUAGAGAACUACAACAGUACGCUGGAUGAGAGCAGGAACAGAGCGGACAUGUUGGAGGGAGAGAUCAUGACCAUCAACUCAGACAUCCUCGGCCUGGAGGAUAAGGUGGUGGCGGUAGCAGAAGAAGCAGACAGUCUGGGGAAUAGCAGCAGUAACACCCAUCAGAGAGCCCGGGACCUGCUCUCACACAUGAAGAACAUAGUAGGAGAGGUGGAAGACCUCAUGCUGCAGGAGAACCGUACGGGUCUCAAUGAGACGCAGGUGGAGCAGGAAGAGGACGACUUGCUUGAGAAGAUGAAGCAGGUGGAGGCCAUGCUGAGAGAGAUGAGACUCAAGAGCUGUGUCGGACAGAAGGAGAUAGCAGACGGAGAGCUGUCCGAGGCUAAGAAAUUGCUGGCGAAGGUGAAAGAUCAGCUGGUGAGUCGUGUGGUGGACAACGAGGGCUUGGUGAAGAACAUCAGGGAGCAUCUGGGGAAGUUCCAUGACCAACUGAUGGACCUGAGGGACGCUCUGAACCAGGCAGUUAACAACACGGCCCUCGCCUCCGAUACGAACGCUGUUAAUGAGAAGAGGCUGGAGGACUGCCAGCAAAAGGUGGAUGAACUGAAUGAGAAGCACAAGGUAGUGGAGGAUCUCCUGCAGAUGGCAGAGGACGAUGUGGCAACUGUCAACGACAUGCUGUCUAUGCUGCACGACUCCAAGGAGGAGUAUGAGCGUCUGGCCGCCCAGUUGGAUGGGGCCAGGAUGCCGCUGGCUGAAAAGGUGCAGACAUUUGCCCCCACCCUCAGUAAGAUACCCCUGGUGGAGGCAGCGGAGGAACAUGCUGAACUACUCAAUGAGCUGGCCAUGAACCUCUCCAGUGUGAUCUCCAACACCAACAAGGACGGCUUCAUCCAACGAGCGGUGAACGCGUCACGGGCGUACUCUGACAUCAUCGACGCCGUCAGAGACGCUGAGACUGCUGCCAACCAAGCUGCUGUGGAUGCACUGGAGAAUGUGAAGGGUCAGGACCUGGGCCAGGUAGCUGACGGUCUGAGGAAUCACAGUUCUGAACUGCUGGAGGACGCCGUCACACUGCAACGGGAACUGAAUGAUGAUCUGAAGCCUCGUCUCCGGGACGCCAUGACUCAUCUGGAUGAGGCCAAGCAGAAACACACGACUCUACUGAAAGACCUGGAAAUGGUGCAGAGUAACCUCAACUUCAGCCGAGGGGAAACGGCUAAGGUUAUAGAGGAGGCGAAGGCUGCAGCGGAGGAGGCCAACAGUACAGCAGCGAAGGUAGAGGAUACCCUGGCACCUAUCAAAGAGCAGCUGGACCAAUGGCAGCAGCAGUACGGAGAUGCUAACACCACAAAUGAGGACAUAAACAAGGCCUUCCUGGAGGCCAACAAGUCUGUGGGUAUGUUGGGCGAGGCCAUCCCAAUACUGAUGAAGAAGCUAGACAAGCUGCAGAACCACUCAGCCCAGAUGCCCAACAUCUCAGAGAGCAUCCUCAGGAUCAGACAGCUCAUCGCAGAGGCCCGCAAGGCAGCCAGCAAAGUGAGCGUACCUGUGAAGUUCAACGGGACAUCAGGUGUGCAGGUGCGCACCCCCAGUAACCUGGCAGAUCUGGCAGCUUACACCUCCCUGAAGUUCUACAUCACCCUGCCCGAGGCCUCACGCGCCCGCAGACAGGACCAACCAGACAAACAGUUUGUCUUUUACCUCGGAAACAAAGACUCCAGUAAAGAGUUCCUGGGCAUGAUGCUGGAGGGGCGGAGACUGCACUGGCUGUUCAACGUGGGCGGAGACACGGCUGAGGUGGAGAUGCAGGAGGAUGUCCAAACAGAUGGCGACUUCAACAACGUGGUCCUGGAAAGGAUCCUUCAGUAUGGCCAGAUGGCCAUGUCUUCAGAGCUCAGUGAGGCCAGGAUGACCAAGGCUGUGGUGGAGGCAGGAGGGGAUAGUGGACUGCUCAACCUCCAGACUGAAGAGACUGUGUUCUACGUGGGAGGAUACCCUGACACGUUCACGCCCCCUCUCCAGCUCCAGUUGCAUCUCAAGGGCUGUAUUGAGCUGGAGACCCUGAAUGAGGAGGUGCUCAGUCUCUAUAACUUUGAGAACAUCUUCCAACUCAACACCACCGAGGAGAAACCAUGUGGAAGAGCGAAGCCGGUGUUGACCCAGCAGUGGGUGAACGACGCGGCCUACUUUGACGGGACGGGCUACGCCCAGGUCACCUUCAAGGAGGAUGCAGGGAAGAUGCAGCGCUUUGAACAGGAAGUUAAACUGAUAAGUCACAACGGCAUCCUGCUCAUGCUCCUCAGCCAGGAGAAGUUCCUGAGCUUGGUGGUGCGUCAGGGACGUCUCAGGGUCUUCUAUGACGUCACUGGUUCUCUACAGGAGCUGGAGCCUAAAGACCCAAACUCACCUUACCUCAAGAUCAGCGACGCUGACCCCAAAUCUUUGGAGAUCAUUAUCCUCCUCUACGAUACGACCACGCGUGUUGUGGUGAGGAACAACCGCCAAAUCCUGUUCAUCUACGUCUUCACUACGCCUCUGCCGCGCUUCGAAGGCAGCUACUACCUGGCCGGAGUCCCAGAGGACAAGAUGCCUGAGAGCCUGAAGGUCCUGUUUCCUCGUCAGGGAUCUCUUAAAGGCUGUUUCAGGAACAUCAAGGCCAUGAACUCUCACAUCGACCUGAAGAGAAUGAGCAGCUCUGGGGUCAGCUACGGCUGUGCCAACGACUUACUGGUGGCUCGUGAGGCUCAUUUCUCAGGCCAGAGUUACCUGGACCUGUCUCCAGACAACAUCCCUGGUCUCAGGAACAACUUCUACACCGGGUUCGGCUUCCGCACAGACCAGAAGAACGGACUCAUGUUCUACCACCAGGCUCAGGACGGUGUGUGUCAGGUGUUCCUGGAUAAGGGUCAUGUGGUAGUGAGGGCGGCUGACAGCGAGGUGAAGACUCAGCAGACUUACAACGAUGACAACGAUCAUUAUUUAACUCUGUACAGCAACAACAAUGGGUUACGUCUUUAUGUGGAUGACGUCCUGGAGAAGGCUGGGGAUACUGGUCGUGGAGGGGCCAGCAGCAAGGCGCUACUACUACCUGGAGGGGUCUACCUGGGAGGAACACCUGACAACAGCCUCAGCAACCUUACCGGCUGUCUUAGCAACCUGUUCAUCAAGAGAGACAAGCCUUCUCAGAUGGUGAUGAACCUGAUGAAUGCUAAGGAGAACAUCGACGUUCCUCUAGACUGUCCUGCUGCCAAGAAACCUCAGCAGAUCCUGGCCACACUCCCACGCCAGAAGAGGCCUAAGGGUAAACACAGGAAGCCGGCGGGUGGUGGUGUGUCAGGGGGGAGGAGCCGCAGUGCCAGGGAGUCCUGCCAGGGGGAGCUGGCGAAUCAGGAAGUCGGAGCUCUGCAUUUCAGUGGCUCCUCCCACAGCCACCAGCGCUACGACACGCUGCCCGAGGCCUUCAGCAGGACGCCUCACAUCUCCAUGGGUCUGCGUGUGAACUCGUCAGACGGCCUGGUGUUCUAUGUGUCAGGAUCACCAGAACGUUCUAGUAGCAGCUCUGUGAUGACCCUCUCUGUCUCAGACGGUCACCUGUUGCUCCUCCUCAUCAACGGAGGGAAGAGGAAGACCACCAUCCGCAGCCACAGGAAGUGCAACGACGGACAGUGGCACACGGUGUUUGUGAAGAGGGAGGGAGAGAAGGUCGGUUUGAUUGUUGAUGGGAUCGAUGCCCAGUCUAAGAGGGUCUCAGGGGGGGAGAAGAACCAGCUCAGUUCCCCUCUCUACAUCGGAGGAGUUCCCUCAGGACUCACCAGCUCACUUCUCUCGAUGCCAGGUUCAGGAGGGUUUGUGGGCUGUGUGAGGGACCUGGAGCUGAAUGAGGAGAGCCCAGCCAGUCCCUCCGCCAGCCUGGGGGUUGUACCCUGCUUCCAGACCGCUCUGCAGCCUGGGGCAUACUUCUCCUCCCAGGGAGGACUCAUGGCUAUAGAUGAGUCCCUGAUGUUGGGCCGGGACCUGGAGGUCCAGCUGGAGGUCAGGCCGGUGUCAGACUCUGGUCUCCUGCUGCAUGCUGGUUCCAGGGCUGGACAACAGCUCAGCCUCUACCUCUAUCAGGGAGCCGUAACUGUCACAGUAAACCGUGGCAGCGGAGAGUUCUAUACCUCCUUCACACCAGAGGAGUCCUUGUGUGACGGACGCUGGCACAGUAUUAAAAUUGUGAAGAAGAGCAACGUGCUCCAACUCCAUGUGGAUACAGCCAGUGAACACAGUGUGGGGCCCAAACAAGGCCGACCAUCAGGGGCCAAGGAGGCUGUGUACCUGGGGGGAGCACCAGAUGGUGUUGAUGUGCCGGGCCUCCCCGAUGCCCUGCCCUCCUUCCAUGGUUGUGUUCGGAGAGCAGUCCUGAACCAGCGACCAGCCAUGCUUUCUAAACCUCUGUCAGUACACGGAGCUGUGGGCACACAGGGCUGUCCAGCCAUGUAGACCCCUUUUAGCCCUGUUUACAGCCAGCUAGCUCUGGGUCAUGUUCAUAAGGACAUUACAGAAAAUUCAGAUAGAAAUACCUAUGUAGAACCAAUAUGAUUCUCUGUCAUGUAUACUGUCUUCAUGUAGCUCAGUCUAAUAUAUCUACAGCUGUACAGUCGUGGCCAAAAGUUGAGAAUGACACAAAAUAUAAAUUUUCACAAAGUCUGCUGCCUCAGUUUCGAUGAUGGUAAUUUGCAUAUACUCCAGAAUGUUAUGAAGAGUGAUCAAAUGAAUUGCAAAGUCCCUCUUUUCCAUGCAAAUGAACUGAAUCCCCACUGCAUUUCAGCCCUGCCACAAAAGGACGAGCUGAUAUGUCAGUGUUUCUCUCGUUAACACAGGUGUGAGUGUUGACGAGGACAAGGCUGGAGAUCACUCUGUCAUGCUGAUUGAGUUCGAAUAACAGACU